CCCAGGGAGAAAGAGUAUAUCGUGACGGUUGAAAAGUUGGUGGCGUCGGGCUUAAGGGGAGGAGCGGGCGCUCUGGCCCCGACUGGGCAGGUCCGGCCCGGAUCGAGGACGUGAGAAUAUCCACAUUUCAGUUUCUCCACCUAUCAAGUUUUAAUUCAUCAUGGAUAAUCUGUCAGCAGAAGAAAUUCAGCUGAGGGCUAACCAGGUUACUGAUGAGUCUCUGGAAAGUACAAGGAGAAUCCUGGGUUUAGCCAUUGAGUCUCAGGAUGCAGGAAUCAAGACUAUCACUACGCUGGAUGAACAAGGGGAACAACUAAAACGUGUAGAAGAAGGCAUGGACCAAAUAAACAAAGACAUGAGAGAAGCAGAGAAGACUUUAACAGAACUAAACAAGUGCUGUGGCCUUUGUGUAUGCCCCUGUAAUAGGACAAAGAACUUUGAGUCUAGUAAAGUCUAUAAGGCAACAUGGAGAGAUGGUGGAGACAACUCUCCUAGCAAUGUAGUAUCUAAGCAGCCAGGCCGAGUGACAAAUGGUCAGCCUCAGCAAGCAACCACAGGAGCAGCCAGCAGCGGAUACAUUAAACGUAUAACAAAUGAUGCCAGGGAAGAUGAAAUGGAAGAGAACCUGACUCAAGUGGGCAGUAUCCUAGGAAAUCUAAAAAACAUGGCCCUGGAUAUAGGCAAUGAGAUUGAUGCUCAAAAUCGACAAAUAGAACGGAUCACAGAAAAGGCUGACACCAACAAAGAUCGUAUUGACAGUGCCAAUGCCAGAGCAAAGAAACUCAUUGACAGCUAAAGCUACUGCUGUACUUCUUUAUCAUUUAUUCACUUCCCUAGCUCCUCCUUCAGUCAUUACCUUUCCAGAGUUUGAAAUUUUGGUUCCACACUCUUCUAAUCGGGAGAUGAUGUGGAAGAAGAUCUAGGAGUAACAGCCCCCCUAUUCUUUUAUUUUCUCUUUUUCCCUUGAGGGUAGACUGUGGCUUAGUUUUCCUUCUAGUACUUUCUUUCUCAGUCCAUACUCUUAGGUUGGUUUUCAUACAUCAUAUAUAAUGUUAUUUUUCAUUCUCUCCAUUUACUUAGCAAGUUCUUCUGCUUUGAAACUUUGGAAGCAUUGCCAAAGACAGCCAUGUCAAAGGCUGGGGGCAGUAGGGGCAGGCACAAGGAGGAGAGGCAAGAGAUAAGAGGUUGUUACCUCAGUAAAACCUGCAGACCCUAAAGCCAAAAGUUGCAUAACCACAGUGAAGAUCUAGUUGGGUUUAAUUUCUGUUUAAGUUGCAGUUUUUGCCAGUUUAGGCCAAUGCUUGGUUUUGGAGCCUGUAUACACAAUAUUUUUGUUAUACAUCACAACUUUGCAACCUCUGCUUCAAAUAACAGAAUGAGUUUUCUUAAAGUGAGCUUAAUUUCUGAACUCUUGGUGGUUCAUCUAUGUAUAUAGAUUCUAUGAUCCCAUUUCAUAUUGCACCAUAUAGGAACACAUGGUAUAAAUGAAUGGCUUUUUAUUUUCAUAUUAUUAAUAGUAUCAUGGUCCCAUUACAGGCCUAUUAACCUCAUAAAUUUGUCAUUAGUCUUUGAAGAAGAAAUAUGUAAAUAUGUAUAUAUAUUAUGAGAAUUUCUCUCUACAGCAGGGCUUAAAAUUUUUUGGAAAAGUUUGACAAAGUAUAUCACGUGAAUUCAGAUUUACCUCAAUGCCAAGAAUUGUUUAGACAGGAAAAAAGAAACUUGUUUUGAUCUCAGGUAGAAAAUAGUUAGAUUACUUUGAGUUUUAUGUAGCUUUAAACUUUUUUUAAAACUAGAAUUUAUUCUGUUUAAAAAUGAUUUAGAAAAUUAUGUCUUUGGUUUACUUAUUGAUGAUUGCACUAUGAUUCUCUUAGCUUUUUGGAUUCAACUUCCAGAAUCACAUUUGCUUAGAUCCUGAACAGUGUUAUAAGAAUCUGAUUGGUAUUUGUCACCUUUAUUUAAAAACUAGCUUCUGCACACUUCAAAGCUAUUAAUGUCGAUUGGUUUGACCAAUAACCACUGUUUGAUCCUUACAAUUAAAUUUUGUAACUAACUAAUGGAACUGUUUUUUCAAAUAA